AUGGCUUUAGCUCGUUUUUCUCAACGUCUUUUUGCACCAACAACAUUUUGCCGUCUAUCUUUAAUAGGCAAUAAAAAUGGUUCAGUACGUUAUUUUUUUCAUCGUCGUCAUUGUCAUGAACAUUUACCAGAAGCAUAUUUUGCUUCUACAUCAAAUGCAUUUCAACGUUGGGAAAAAGAAUUUGAACGAAUGCAACAACACUUUAAUAAUUAUCUUCAAAAUUUAAAACCGAAUCGAUCAAUCAUUGAUUUUCCAUCGAGUAGAAAUAAUAACGAUUUAAUUAUUACUGAAGCAGAUGGUUCAAGAAAAUUUCAAAUCUCUUUAAAUACACAAGGUUUUGAACCGGAUGAUAUUAAGAUAAAAAUACAAAAUGGUAAUUUAAUUAUUUCAGCUAAAAAAGAGAAAAAAGCGAAUAAUAAUUAUUCUCUUCAUGAAUUUUCUCAAACAUAUUCUUUACCCGAAGAACUUAUUAUCAAUGAUUUGAAAUCAAUGCAUACAGAAAAUGGUAUUCUUUCAAUCGAAGCACCAUUACCAAAAGAGAAACCUAAAACUCGCGAAAUCAAUAUUGAACGUGUUAAAUAA